GAUUUGAGUAUUAGAAAUAGGAAUUUUCGAUCAAUGGGGAGGAGGAUCCUGAACGACGCGUUGAGAACGAUUGUGAAUGCGGAGAAGCGAGGGAAAGCUUCGGUGGAGUUGAAGCCUGUCUCUACUGUAAUGUCUUCCUUUCUCAAAAUCAUGAAGGAGAAAGGGUACAUCAAGAACUUUCAAGUCUAUGAUCCACACAGAGUUGGAAGAAUAACUGUUGAUCUACAAGGAAGGGUUAAUGAUUGCAAAGCUCUCACUUAUAGGCAGGACGUUAAGGCAAGCGAGAUCGGGCAAUACACCGAACGCACACUUCCAACACGCCAGUGGGGUUAUGUUGUAAUUACAACUCCUGACGGCAUUUUGGACCAUGAAGAGGCUAUUAAACGCAAUGUGGGUGGUCAAGUCCUAGGUUUCUUUCAUUGAAUUGCCGGUAUCAAAAAUACGGAAAGACACUCCUAUGGAGGGACUUUGACAUGUCAAAAUCCUGCGAGAAUAUGUCAUUUGCCUGGCUUUGUCCUCAUUGUUUUCUUUUCUUUUCUUGCACUGCAAUUUGAGCACAAUGGAAUUUAGAGAACAACAUAUAUUUCUAUUGUGACAACAUUUCAAAUGUUAGUAUAAUAAAAUCUUUUUCUUUCUUCA